GCUGGAAGAUGGCGAACGUGCAGCUGGCGUUCCAGGCCAGCGCCGGCGAGGCGGACCCGCAGAGCCGCCCUUUGCUCGUGCUGGGCCAGCUGCAGAACCUGCACCGCUUGCACUGGAGCCAGCUGCAAGGCAAGCUGCAGCCCCGGGUCGCCGAGGAGACAUGGCUGGCCGCUUUAAGCACCCUGAACCCCAACCCGACCGACAGCUGUCCCCUCUACCUGAACUACGCCACUGUCGCUGCUUUGCCUUCCCGAGUCAGCAGGCACAACAGCCCGUCGGCUGCCCAGUUUCUCACGCGGCUGAUUCGGAACUGUCUCCCGGGAGGGGUGAACAGAUGCAUCCUGAUGGUCUGUGAGCGCUCAGAGGUCUUUGCCUCGGCUUGUGCAAUAGCCAGGGCGUUCCCACUGUUCACGCAUCGUUCCAGCGCAUCAAGACGUACAGAGAAGAAGACCGUCACUGUGGAGUUUUUCCUGGUUGGCCAAAACAAUGGCCCGGUGGAGGUGGAAACGCUUAAAUGUCUGGAAAGUGCUACAGAAGGAGUCCGGUUGGCAGCUCGGAUCGUAGACACCCCGUGCAACGAAAUGAACACGGACAGCUUCCUGGAGGAAAUCAGAAAAGUUGGAAAGGACUUGGGGAUCGUUCCAACCAUUUUUCGCGAUGCAGAGCUGAAGGAGAAAGGAUUUGGAGGUAUCUACGGCGUUGGCAAAGCAGCCGUGCAUCCGCCGGCUCUGGCUGUGCUCAGUCAUACCCCUGAUGGUGCCACACAGACGAUUGCCUGGGUUGGGAAAGGCAUCGUCUACGACACGGGAGGACUCAGCAUUAAAGGGAAGACAACGAUGCCUGGCAUGAAGCGAGAUUGUGGAGGAGCAGCUGCUAUUCUGGGAGCCUUCAAAGCCACCGUGAAACAAGGCUUUAAAGACAAUCUCCAUGCUGUUUUUUGCUUAGCUGAAAAUUCAGUUGGACCGAAUGCAACGAGGCCCGACGAUAUCCAUAUUCUUUACUCGGGAAAGACUGUCGAAAUCAACAACACUGAUGCAGAAGGCAGACUGGUGCUUGCAGAUGGAGUUGUGUACGCCUGCAAAGACCUGGGAGCGGACAUAAUUCUUGAUAUGGCCACUCUCACUGGGGCACAGGGAAUUGCCACAGGGAAAUACCACGCAGCAGUCCUCACCAACAACGAAGAGUGGGAAAGGGCGUGUGUUAAGGCUGGCAGAAACUGUGGGGACCUGGUUCAUCCUCUCGUCUAUUGCCCUGAACUCCAUUUUAGUGAAUUUACCUCAGCUGUAGCUGACAUGAAGAACUCUGUGGCGGAUCGUGAUAACUCCCCGAGCUCCUGUGCUGGACUCUUCAUCGCAUCCCACAUUGGGUUUGACUGGCCUGGUGUCUGGGUCCACAUAGACAUUGCAGCGCCCGUUCAUUCAGGGGAACGAGCCACUGGCUAUGGCGUCGCUCUGCUGCUCUCUCUGUUUGGCCGGGCCUCCGAAGACCCUCUCCUGAACAUGGUGUCUCCCUUGGGCUGCAACGGAGACUCUCCGGACGACGACAGGGAGAGGGAUUCCAAGAGGCGCCGUUUGGUUUGAAGCCUCUGCACCCCUCGAAGGCGGCACACCGGAAUUACCUCACUUUGCACUGACUAGUUUCCAAAACG